CUUGACUUGGUGGAUGAAUCUGUGCUGGUUGGAGUCAUGCACCACAGCUUUGGUGCUUAGCGCUUCUUGGUCUGAUGGCGAGUCUCGAGUCUCGAGUCUCAAAUGAAUCUCGAACGCCACAUCCCCCUGCUGACAGCCCUCGCCUGCAGAGCUGAACGUAGCUCGUCUUCAUAUCGCACCACCUCCAGCAAGCCCACCAUUCAUCGCGUCUCAGAUCAGGACUUCCGAUCUGCUGCUGCCUUUCAAACCUCCCUCUGCGCCCCAAGCUUGCCCAUUCUUGUCCGCACUGCACAUCACCUAGGAAGCCCCGAGAGCUGCACGACUGCGCGACGCCCUCUCUGCUUCUCGGCGUAGGCUGACGAACAAGGGCUCACACACAUCGCGAUCAGGUGUCAGGAUUUUCGCGCACCAUGUCUGACAAAGCAGCGUCAAAGUCUGCUGCUCCUUCGCCUUCUGAGGCUCCAGCUCGGAUCUACAUUGACAAUUCCAACAGCACAGAACUCAAGCUGACAUGCGACGAGGCAGUUGAGCGGAUCUUGACAUCCAACAGUACCAAUCCCUGGAGAGCAUCUCACCUAUUGGUCGAUAUCAGAUUGGUUUUGGGCUUCAUCGCUUCGAUUGAGAUGAUUGGCGUUUCUGCAUGGGCUUGGAAGAUCGUGCCAGAGUGGAACGAGAACAAGGGCUUGACAGCUGUUGCUGUUGCUGUCUACAUGGUACUGUCAGGCAUACAGACCGCUUUGGCCUACCUCGAAGGCGACACCAUCUUCCGAGGCGCGCAAAGCUCUUCCGACGCUUCUUCAUCGGCGACCUCGUCGUCGCAAAAGAAACUUCGCAUCUCGUCUGGCGCUCUGCCCAAGGCGCAAACCGACAAAGAAGCUUCGAAGGAGGAUGGUAGGAAGUGGACCACUCCGCCAGUCUACGAGCUCGAGCUUGAAUGGAGCGGAGCAAAGGUACGAAAGAGCGGAAAGGAGAAGAUCAAUCUUGGACAUAUGGGCGAAUGGUUUACGCAGGAAGGAGAAUUCGUCGAGGACAUCUUUUCGAAGAAGCUGCUGGCUGCCAUCGACUCUGUCUUGGCGUGAGGGGAACAAUCCCAGGAAAGAAUGGCUUUGCGAGAGGAGGAGCAGCUCUUUCUCAGGUGAUCAGCUGUGUCCGCCUCGAUGCUUAUCCUGCGCGAAAUGUUUCCAAAAGAUUGGGCAAAACAUAAAGUCGAUGUCAUUGCAAGCUGGCGUCACAAAAUUUGGAGCGAGAUGACUGACGUUGGCCAGUCACGAGUGCUGUUUCCUCUGUGCGUGUACGAUGCGGCGCGUUGCCCAGCAGCUAGGAUGGGGACACAUUCACCAGUCACUGAUGAGUCUGCGGAGCUGUCGGUGUGACC